CAUAUUUGAGAAUAAAUUAAAGAAUUAUAUUUAUUUAUUUAUUAUUGUGUGAUUGUUAAUAUUAGUUGUGGCAUUGAUUAUGGUUAUGGUAACAUAUUGUAAGAGUUCUAUAAACUGUAGAGGCCGCUAGCAAAUAGCAAUACGCCAAUACAUGACUUUGUCAGAUUUGAUAAUAACAUUCGGCGCCGUUCAGCACUGUGAUCCAAUAUAGGCCGUGAAUGAAAUUGAAAAUAAUAUUAUCUAGAGCACUUWGCUUGCAUAAUACAUGUUGUGUUCUAGUCUAUAUAAUAUAGAACGUAAUAAAUAAUWAUACAYUCGUGGCUCAACAUCUAAGAUAGCAACCUUAUAAGGUCUAUGAUAGUAACUUGAAAAUUGUGAUAAAUGWUCAGUGACCAAUAAAUUUAGAUUGAAAAAAGUGUAACUAUAAUAAUUUCAACAUUGAAAACUUUACUAUUACAUUAAAACYAACAUUAUUUUUUCGUGUACAAAAUAAUUACAUUUUACUUUAAUAAUUUAAUAUUAAGUGCUAUGUAUUCGAUGCAUAUAUUCCGACAAACAUCUUCAGUAAGGUUGCCAAUUAAACAAUGUUCAAUACAGUUAACUAAAUGCAAAUACAGUGAUUCCAAAGAUGAUUUAAAGGAAAAAAUUAAAAUGAAAACACCAAUUGGAAAAUUAGAUGAACUCAAAGCUGGAAAACAUCCAUUUCAAGAAAAAGAGCCUUUGAAAGAAUGGCCUGAAGGUCGUAAUCCUACUACAGGAGAGCAAAAUGGUCCAAAAGGACCUGAACCAACCAGAUAUGGCGAUUGGGAACGAAAAGGAAGAGUGACAGAUUUUUAAAUACAAAACACACAUAUAUAUAUAAAUCAUUUAUUUAUAAUUAAAUAUCUAUAGUAGGUAAAUCGUAA